CGGGGCUUGAAUAGCUUCGUGGACCAACCCAAACGCCCGCGUCCCACCACCGCUCGGACCCCGAAGCUGGAAAAUCAAGGUUCACUACUGCGUCGCCUUCUCUCCGCCGCCGCGGUAUGUUGAGCCUGAUCAGAAAAACCACCCGGAAGGUCAGUUCGGGAGCCGUUCUAAAAUCAUGCUACUUGAAUUGCCUUAGCUCCCGUUCGAUCCACGCCGCUGCCUCGGCUCCGCACGAAGGUGCUGCUACCGGUCUCUAUGGCUUUGAGCAGCUGAAGUCGCCUAAAGGCUUCCGGCGUUUCGUCGAUGAAGCCAUUGAGAGGUCUGGCGAGCUUGUUACUUUCAUUUCUAGCAUGCCUUCUUCAGCAGAAGUUAUCCGAGCAAUGGAUGAAAUUUCCAACAGGGUAUGCUCUGUUUUUGAUUCUGCAGAACUCUGUAGGCAAACUCAUCCAGACAGGGAAUUCGUGGAGGAGGCAAACAAGGCAGCCAUGAGAAUGAGUGAAUAUUUUCAUUUUCUCAAUACAAAUCAUACUUUGUAUAAUGCUGUUAAAAAAGCUGAGCGUGAGGCUCAUCUACUUACACGUGAAGCGCAUAUGGCUGCUCAUUUCCUCCGUGUUGACUUUGAAAGGGCUGGAAUUCAUCUUUCUGCUGAGAGAUUGGAUCGAGUAAAUCAGCUGAGUAUUGAAAUUUCUCAGCUCUGUCAGGAGUACAAAGAAAAUAUCGUCAUUGAUCCAGGCUCUGUGGAUAUAUUUCCACCAAUGCGUGUGCCAAACAACUUGCACCAUCUUGUUAAGCCCAUCUAUCGUUCUAGUAAAUCAUUUGGAUCGAUAAGUAGCAUGAAAGAAAAGGGAUUUCGAUUAAUGACUGAUGCAGAUUCCCUAUCGUCUAUUCUGCAAUAUACAUCAGAUGAUGAGGUUAGGAAAAUGGCUUAUGUCAAGGGAAAUUCAAGUCCUUGUGCUAACCUCGAUGUUCUUGAUAAGAUUAUUGCCACUCGUCAUGAGCUAGCUCAGAUAUUAGGGUAUAGAUCUUAUGCAGAAUUUGCAGUAACGCCUAACAUGGCUUCAUCUCCAGCUGUAGUAGUGUCAUUUUUGCAAGAGUUGAGCAAUUUGGUCCGUCCCAGUGCUGAUGAGGAGUUCAAUCAAAUCAAGGAAUUCAAGUUAAAGAAGCGUUUUAAUAAGUUUGAAGAUUUAGAACCAUGGGAUGAGGCUUACUAUACAUCAAUGAUGAAAUCUACUGCGUAUAAUCUCAAUUCAUCGGUCAUAUCAUCAUACUUUCCUUUAUCACAAUGUAUUGAAGGUUUGAAAACUCUCGUGAACUCAUUGUUUGGCGCAUCAUUUAAUAGUAUUCCCCUAGCACCAGGUGAAUCAUGGCAUCCCGACGUGCUUAAAUUGUCUCUUCAUCAUCCUGAAGAGGGUGACUUGGGAUACUUAUACCUAGAUUUGUACUCGAGAAAAGGAAAGUAUCCUGGUUGUGCUCAUUUUGCAAUUCAGGGAGGCUGCAAGGUUUCAGAAAUGGAAUACCAACUUCCUGUUGUAGCUCUUGUUUGUAAUUUUUCUGGAUCACGUGAACGAUCAAAUGUGCGGCUCAAUCAUUCGGAAGUUGAAACUCUUUUCCACGAGUUUGGGCAUGCCCUUCAUUCCCUGCUUUCAAGAACAGAAUAUCAACAUUUUUCAGGUACAAGAGUGGUUCUUGAUCUGGCAGAGACACCUUCAAACCUAUUUGAGUACUACGCGUCAGAUUAUCGUGUUUUGAGAACAUUUGCUAAGCACUAUUCAACUGGUGAAGUAAUUCCUGAAAAGCUUGUAAAGUCGAUGCAGGGUGCCAAAAAGAUGUUUGCAGCCACUGAACUGCAGCGUCAGAUUCUUUAUGCUUUAAUUGAUCAAACACUGUUUGGUGAAAGAUUAACUUCAGAGAGAGACACUAGUUCUGUUGUUGCUGAGCUAAAAAGACAAUGUACCAGUUGGAAGCAUGUGGAUGGCACUCAUUGGCAGACCCGAUUUUUUCACCUCCUGACUUAUGGUGCAGGUUACUACAGCUACCUGUACGCCAAAUGUUUUGCCGCAACCAUAUGGGAGAAGCUUUGUCAGGAAGAUCCUCUUUCAAGAAGCACAGGAACUGCCUUGAGAACAAAGUUCUUACAACAUGGAGGCUCCAAAGAACCAGUUGAUUUACUAAAGGAUCUUGUGGGAGAUGGGAUCAUACGGUAUUGUGAUGGAGGAGUUAUUCCUGAUAUAACCAGUCUUUGCAAGGAAAUGGAUAUCAGUGGAAAACUUGUAGUGUAGCCACAAGCAAGCCCUUUCGCCAUCCUUUUUCCCCCUUAAUUAUUCUUCUUCCAUUUUUUAGAAACAUUCGAGUUUAACUUAAUGAAAAUUUGGUUUUUUCCAUUAAAAAUUGUGAACAUUUCUGGAUUAUUCUGAUAUGAAUACGUUUGGAUCC